UUCAUGUGACGCAGCGUUCUCCAAUUAGAGCGCAGGUCACUCGGUGCGCUACAAUUAGAAACCAAAAUGGGAGCUGGUACUAAGCCUCCUAUCGGCAAUAAUCCCGACCUGCUCAAGCCGCUCGUAUUCCCAAACCAUCAGAGAGGCCUCAAAAUAUUCAGCUAUGUAGUUUCAGCCGCUGUAGUGUAUUACGGUGUGUUUGUGUAUCAAUGGCCGACGGAAAGACACUGCUUUUCGUGGAUCAGAGAGUUGAAGGAAAGGAAAAAGAGGCAGUUCUUUCACAUCGACUCUUCAGAUCCAGCCCUCAUCCAUAUUAGGGAACAGCACUCUGCAAGCGAAAAAGACAGAUAGCCCACUAUCUUGCCAAUUUUUUAUCAGUCAACUAUCGUUCCCGCUUAUAUCAUCAGCUAAAAAUUUACGCUCCACACAUAAAGGAUAAAAUGUUUACGGUGCCUAUAUAAAAGCUGUGACAUGUAUAUACAUACAAUUUGACUAUGAGUGUUAGAGUUCUUCUUUAGCAUCUACAAAUAUACCGUCCGAGUCAUUUUCGGAGGCCGAAGUAUUCUUCUUGCCCCACGAGAAGGGAAUCAAUUUAUACAGAAAAGAGCGUAUCUUGCUGCUUCCUGCAGAGGACUCCGUUCGUAACCGUUUCGAUCUCAUGCUCGUCUCGUCGUCCUCUUCGCUAGAGGAAGAAGAUGUUUCUGAGCUUUGCUUUUCUCUCGCACGUUUUCCUCCCGAAACUACUCUCAGAAGAAGACUCGCUCUCACUCAACCUGCGUCUCUCCUCUCCUUCUUCCUCUCCAGCGCUUGCUUCAGGGAUGGUGGCAAAGGAGCUAGAGGGCUUGGCCGCUUCACUCAUUUUGUGUCUGUCCACAAGACUGUGAGUGCUGGGGUCGUGGCCUGCCACUAGAACUGGCCCACCGGCCGAGGAUUUGGGGGAGAAGGAAGAUGAGCUACAGGAGGAACGGUCGUAGCUGGAGUUUGGGGACACGUAUUGAGAGUUGGCUGUGUUGGGAGGGUUGGAGGUCUCGUAGUGUGUUCCGGUGAGGUCUGAGUGGGGAGGAAAGGACGCCCCAGACACUAACAGACUGCACUGAGUGAAGCGGGAAGGGGUGGGGGGAGGGGGACAGCACACGCGAUGAGAUAGGUCGCCCGGAUAAGAGGCCUGGGCAAGGGAACUGGUAGCGUUUGGUGGUUGAAAAGGUGUGUCGUAUGAUCUUGUGUGGAUCGCAGAGCUGCGAUUGUCAAUCCCAUUAUUCUGUGCGUUGAGUUCUUGCUCACUCGGUGCUGGAUUGCUAAUGGAGGGGCAGUUAUCCCCAGAGCCACCGACACUGGUUCUAAUGUCGCCCUGAGAGGAGACGCUUCUCUGUGAAGAUGGCCGAGAAGUGACGCCAUGUUGUGGUUGCCUGCUGGGUGGAGAAUAAUGCUGUUCCCCCAUCUCCCUAGAGUGUCUAGCCAAUAGUUUGUCGUUGCCAGCAGGUACGAUAGGGAGACUGGAUGCAGAUGUUGCUGAGAGUGUGUUGGUGUUUCGAGGGUUGCAAGGGGGACAUUUGACCGAAAAAGCCGGCAGGAAGAGGAUUUUGUUGAGGAGGGAGCGAGAAGUGGUUGCCGGUAGAUUUAGCAGAUAUUGGCGCUGGGAAGGUGUCAUGUUCGGGCGGAGCUGAAGGGGCGGGGUGGGUGGUUGAAGUGGCGGGAGGAGUAAGAUAAGGGGUAAUGUUGGCUGGCGGCAGAGGGUGACGAUUGCCGGGUGGGGUGCUCUGGGGAAGAUGGGCGGAAGGUUGACUGAGUGAAGGAACAGUAUUGGUAGCAUGUGGAGAAGUGACCGAUGGCUGGAGCAUAGAUCCAUGUCCACCUGGUGAAGGAGUUUGAGAUACCUGCGUCUGGAAGUGACGAACACGACUGUUCCACUGAGGGGAAGAUCCGCUCUGGUAGGGAUCACUGGAGAGCUGUUGUGAGUGCUCCUCACUCCCUCUCCUGUGCUGACAUCCCCUGGAGCUGUAGGAACUGCAGCCUGAUGUGGAGGGUGCAGGUAAGCUGCUGAAGGAAGGUUUAGUCGGGGCAGGAGAGUGGUGAGAGUUGGUAGGCCUAGGAUAAGUCUCGUCGAUGUAGUCAAGAGGUCUGCUGCUGUAGAGUGUGUGUGGUUGGCCGGUCUCCGGAACUGCCUCAGUUCUGGGUACCUGUGACCAGCCAGUAGGGAGAGGGGAGUAGCCAGUGUUUGGUGGACGGUGAGGAGGGUACGUGGUCGGGUACGGUGGCUGUUGAGAAGCGCCGGAGAAUGGAGGCGCUGACGGUGGCAGUCGUGGGUCAGAAACUUUCCUUCGUACUCUCGCAAGACAUUCAGAGGUUCCACUAGGUCCAUGAGAUUGAAAAUGUCGUGGAGAAGCUCGGUGUCGUUGGGCGAAAUACGACCAGACUCUUUUAGUGAGUGGAAAAGUUUCUGUCCCGUGUCACCCCUUUCUUUCUGGGAUUCCUGCAAUGGACUGAUGGCUUUGAUGAUCUCGAAAUCAUAUUGGCGUAAUUUCCGACCCAUCUGAAGGAGCGAACUGUUGAAGGCCCUCCUUUGAUCUUUGCCUACUGGUCUAGCACCGUUGCAUAGGACCGGGGCAGACCGCUCGUUGUCAAUGUUCCUGUGAGUAUCUCUAAAGGUGCGUACGGUUUCGGACAGUUGCUCGGCGUCGCUCACAUUCUCCAGUAGUUUCAGACAUGCCGCCAGGAACUUCGAGUGGCUCCCAUGUCUUCUCCUGAGCUUCACGAGCAUGUCCACAGGGCUCGACACGAGCUCCCUGUCCCACGGGUCGAAGUCUGACUUUACCCAGCAUCUCGUCCAUCUGAGCUCUCGUAAUACUCCUGGCUAGUGUAGCCACUAACCUCUCUACAGGACCCAGCUUCAUGGCGAUCGGCUAGCUU